UCUACAUCAAGUGAGCGUCAUUUUCUCAUAGACUUAUAUAGAAACGACAAGUGGAGUCGCCCUCUGCUGGUCAGUACAGAGAAUACAGGUUUGUUGAGGCCCUCUGCAUUGGCUUCACUUUCCGAACUCGGCUUCUCCGUCCAUUUUCAACAUACAGUCUAUUAUUUAGCCUAAUUAAUCCGUCCAUCAAAAAGACAUUUGGAAUAAAAAAAACUAAUUGACGAUAUUAGAAUGAAGACACUUAUUUCUAUCAUCGUCUUUUCAAAGAAGCCACCGUACGGAUCCUGAAUCACAAUUGGUCUUAUGAUAACAGAUCUUUUUAAUAUUACUGUCUUUGUCAAUAUCAAGAGGACGGUGAGUGGUGUGCCAGGCAGGGGAUAUUGAGUCGAGAGCAUAGAGUUUCUCCCUCUGUCGAGCUUGGCCCGCCGUCAAAACUUAUUAGACAGAUAAAUGAGAGCUGGACGAGCGUCGGAAGGAGUUGGGCCCCCUUUUUUGAGCCUGUGUCAUUUAUUCGUCCCCUGAAUACUGGCUCGAUCAGAUAGCGGCCAGCUCUUUCACUGAUGCCACCAUCUCUCUGCAUCUGUUGACCCACGCUGGCACGGCCGGGAAUAAUGUGGGCCGCUCCGGGUGAAACAGCUUUUCUUUUUCUUUUUCAUACAAAUUGUCUUUGAUUUUCCAUCAGAUAAAAGUUGUUUUGUUUCCUGAUUUUGUUUGCUGACAAGACUUUUGUACCUUCAAUUUUUUUUUUUACUUUCAUCUUACUAUAUCAGUGUGUAUGACGUGUGUUAAGAGGAUUCAUUUGUUUUGUUUUUUCAAUCCUACAUAGAUAGAUGAAGCUUUAAAGCUUACGUUGUCUUUUGCCCGCACUCCACACAGUAUGAAGUCCCUGGGAAAAAAAGAAGACAUUCUUGACCAGUUUCCUGUAACCAUGGUGAUAGGAAGUGCUCUCCAAUCCUAUUUCUGUAUUGUGUGUUGGUGGAAAUGCACCGUUUCCUGCUGUUUUCACUGGCUUACUCCCAUUGGUGUGUGUGUGAUCAGGAUUCUGCAUUUGGUCCUGGAAAGCUACUUAACAUGAGCUCUUGUUGGGUUUUAUUUCAUUUAAUUUUCAAUUUUCGAAUCGUUUUUACCCAUAAACAACACCAUCAAAUUCAAAUGACAGCAUCGUAAAGACGGAUAAAGCCGCUUGAAGCCGCCACCUUUGGAGACACCUGCUGUCUGUUCAACAUGGGGAAAUAAUUUACAUCAAGCUACACACUCCACCUCUCCUCCCCACUGGAUCAAACCUGGCAGUGAUGCCGAUUGGUCACCAGUUCACAGGUAGCACCCCUCUCCAGAUCCCCCCUCAGCCUAGCCUGCACCCGAUCCUGCUGGACACCGUCCUGGUCCAAGCCAUCAUCAAUCCUAAGCGGGGGAUGGAGGGAUCGCUCCAGCCGCAGACACCGUCUCCGAAGACGUGCGGUUCACCCGGAGCUGCUGGGGCGUCGUGCAGGAGCCUGGAUGUGAGGGUGGCCGUGCUUCUGCUGAGUCUGGCUGGAGCGUUGAUCCUGCUGCUGCUGUACAGACUCCUACAGCUGAGACACAGGCUGAGGGUGGCGAGGGCGAGGCACGCUCUGGAGUACCACGGCUUCUACCGCACUGCCACCUACACUCUCAAACAUCCCGCUGCACCAUGUCAUCACCUGCCACCCCCCAAGAACGGGACCGUCCCUGAGGCUACUCUGCCGCCGGUCCAAACCGUAAACACGGUGACACACGUUGCCGUCACCCCUCUGCCCCCUCCUGUAUCCGGUCCACCCCCACUGCCACUCCCCCCACCUCCCUCUCUGCCUCCGACGCCUCCCCCUGUCCUGACACUCCCGCUCCCCCUGCCCGUGAUCCACACUGUCCCGCCCAGCCCUCACCUGUCGUGGGGAGCCUGCUCGGACGUCGAUGUCUACUCGCGGAUCGGAGCUUUCAGGACCUCCAGACUCUCCGUCCUCUCCAAUCAGUCAAAGAGGCUGUCGCAUAUUUCAGGAAGCAGGAGGAAGCGCCGUGUGACCGGGCAUUUCUUUCCUUACGUUUACGCACGUCUGCGUUUUCUGAAAACGUUUUUUUGAGGUAAACAUUAAAGUUCAACUUCAACUAAAGUUAUUCGCAAGUUCAUCGGCGCUCGCCAUCCAUUCAGAGCUUCACAAUGUCCACGAUCAUCACCAGCGUCUUUUGGAUUCUUAAUAUUCUGGAUGCACAUCUGGGCGCCCACUCGCUCGCCAUUUAUCUUCCAAAAUUUUUUACUGCUGUAUUCUCACAAAGGCUCACUCGGACAUUUUCCUACAGGGGGGCUGACGUGGAAAAUUUCCAAGAAAAUGUGCGGACUUCAGUGCAUGUCUGAAAGCAGCUUUAGUGAGGCCUGAAAAAAACAUUAGUUGAUUAUUUAUAUGUAUUAGCGACUUAAGCGGUGGAGAAUGUUGGGUUUUCCAGCAUUAUGCCGCUAAAAAAUAAUGAACCGUAGCUGAAGACUCCCGAGUCCAAACCACUCGUGAUCCUUAUUGAUGCCAAAGAAUAUAAGUUGGCAUUUUUUUACAGUGCGGUUAUUGUAGCUGAGCUCAUUGUUUCCACAGAUGGGAGGAAACUUCCUGAGCUGGUUUUCCGCGGCUGUUUCCUCUGAGUCUCUCACUCUAUAUAUCAGCCUGUUUUUUUUUUUAAUUUUAACAAAAUCUUUGUUUCUUAAUAAAUUAAGAAUCUCAGUACAGCAAUCAACAAAGAUAUAAUCAACUGCAAGUGCAACUUUUGGAUAUAUAUUCAGUUUUUUAAGCAACCAAACCGAGACGGUAACAGAUGAGCACAGAAUGUUAUUCUCUCUAGAGCCGCGCUGCCAACGCGGGCGACAUCUCAGGGCGGCUGCGGUUCAGGAGGUGGAGCAGGUCGUCCACUAAUCGGAUGGGUCGGUGGUUUGAUCCUCGGCUCCUCCGGUCUGCAUGUCGAAGUGUCCUUGGGCAAGAUAAUGAACCCUGAAAUACCCCUGAUGGUCGUCCUCAGAAUGGGUAAAUGGCUUUGAGUGGGUCCAUUAGACUGGAGUAGCACUUUGUCGGAUCCGUUCCAUGUAUCUGUUGCUUGUGUAGUCGUAACCUUUAGUGUCUAUCUUCCCCCCAAACAAGCUGCGGAGAUGAAUUCUCCUUGAAUAUAUGUUUACCCAACAGGUCUCUCUUUUAAAAUUCAGCAGCAGUUUUUUUUAAAUCCGUGAGGGGGAAGAAGCUGCGCGUUUGAUUUGAGGUUUUCUUGUUUUCUGCUUUCCAGGGUGAAAAGCGAGACCUCGUGUGACAUGUCUCUUUAGUCCUUCCCGCGUCUCGAGUGAGGCCACUGUCUCCAUACUAAGAGCCUGUUAAUUCAAUCUGCCCAUGAACAGCAGCAUCGUCUCGUCCAUGGUGCCGAGAUGAGCUGAGUAUGAGAGACGGUUGAAACUGUAUACGGAGGCGACAAGGGAGCGAUCGGGAUGAAUAUGAAUACGUUUGUGCUCUGGUUUUGAUUCGUAUUAAUUCUAGGUUUUUAUUAAAUCUGCCAAGGAGGUUGUCAUUGGCGUUUGUUUGUCUGUUAGUUUAUUAGUUAGAAAGAUAAAUAGACUUUUUAUCAAUCGCAAUCUGGGAAAUUCCACAGAAGGUGAGCCAAUCGAUUCUGCAACAAACCACUGAACUGAUUUCUGGGAAUUUUGCGGAGGAGCUGGGUAUGGCCCAAGGAAGAACCCAUACAAUGUUCUGUCUUUUAACGAGAUAGGGUGUUUGCUCCCAAUUGUUAUUCAUUAAUUCCGAGAAUUGUAAUGCUUCGAAAUGCUUCCUAGAGCCGUAAAAAAAACAAAGACACACUAAAUAAUACAUCAAACCAUUCUCUUCAAGAAAACUAAAUACAGACUUUUUACACAAUCAUUAAGAGCUAGUUAGUGCCCUAUAGCGGAAAGUAUUAAAGUAGUAGUAGUACAGUUUGUUUAUUUAUAGUUUUAUGGCUGUGGAAUAUUUAUUAUUUAUUUAUCUUUCUACACAUCUAAGAAGUUGGACGACGGCCCUGACAAGUAAAACAACAUUUUUGCA